AGCGAUUCGUCAGUUGCUCAUCAUCCGAAGAGCUGCCGUUUCGCUUCACCAUGAUUCGUGCCUGUGUCCUCCUCGCCUUCGCCACUUGUGCCCUUGCCGGCUACGCUGGCUACCCGGUCGGCUACUCCCUAGCUGCUCCUGCCUAUGCUGCCUAUCAUGCUCCCCUCGCCUCCGUGUCUACCGUGCACCACGCUCCUGCCUUCGGCUAUGGCCUUGGAUAUGGAUUCGGAGUGCCUGCUUAUGGCUACGGACUCGGCAGCUACGGUCUGAGUUACGGAUACGGUCUCGGUGGUCUCGGCUACAGCACCUUCCUCCGCAAGAAAUGAGCUCAAGCAGGAAGACCAGGUGGGGAUGACUGCAUGCGGCAACCAGUUGAAUAUGCUGCAAUAAACUUCCUGUUGAAACAUC